AUGUCUUCCUCAUCAAGUGAUGAAGUUGAUGAAGCUUUAGAAGAAAUGGUUGACCAAGUAGUUGAUAAUUUCAUCGACUCAGUGAUUCAUGCUCACCCCAACAAGCACAAAAGACGGGCUUAUAUCGAAAGAGAUCGGGAACAAGGACACAAUCGGCUAUGGAACGAUUAUUUCAAGGAAAAUCCUACAUAUCCACCGGAAAUGUUUAGGAGGCGUUUUCGAAUGAACAAGCCUUUGUUCCUCCACAUUGUCGAACGUGUAAGUAAUGAAGUUCCAUACUUUCAGCAAAGACGGGAUGCUUGCGGAAGGAAUGGGCUAUCUGCACUUCAAAAGUGUACCGCAGCUAUACGUAUGCUGGCAUAUGGUCAAUCGGGAGAUACAUAUGACGAAUAUCUCCGACUUGGUGACAGUACAUCACGUUUGUGUUUGGCAAAUUUCACUGAUGCAAUAAUAGAAUUGUUUGGAAAUGAGUAUCUACGAAAACCUACAGCCGAGGAUCUUCAACGCUUACUCGAUGUUGGAGAGGUACGGGGGUUUCCGGGGAUGAUAGGCAGCAUCGACUGCAUGCAUUGGGAGUGGAAAAACUGUCCAACGGCUUGGAAAGGUCAGUUCACACGGGGUUCAGGAAAGCCGACAAUUGUCUUAGAAGCCGUGGCAUCACAAGAUCUUUGGAUAUGGCACGCAUUUUUCGGCUUACCAGGUACACUCAACGAUAUCAAUGUUCUCGAUCGGUCACCGGUUUUUGAUGACAUCUUACAUGGUCGAGCACCUAAAGUUAAGUUCAAGGUCAACAACCACACUUAUCGUAUGGCCUACUAUCUUACUGACGGAAUUUAUCCAAACUGGUCAACAUUUAUCCAAUCCAUCCCACUUCCUCAAGGUCCUAAAGCCGAGAAAUUUGCACAAAAGCAAGAAUCCGCCAGAAAAGAUGUCGAACGGGCUUUUGGAGUAUUGCAGUCGAGGUUUGCAAUUGUUAAAAACCCAGCUCUACAAUGGGACAAGGAAAAGAUAGGAAAGAUAAUGAGAACUUGUGUCAUAUUGCACAAUAUGAUUGUAGAGAACGAACGACACGGAUACGCUCAAAUAAAUACUUCUGAGUUCGAAUCAGGAGAGUCAAGCAGAAGUUCAAAGGUGACAACCAGAGAAAGUAUUCAUGCCGGUGAUAUGUUAGCCAUGCGCAGAGAAGUCCGAGAUCAAGAGAAGCAUGCUCGUUUGAAAGCUGAUUUAAUGGAAAAUAUUUGGCAAAAGUUUGGUGAUGAAGAUGAAUAAACUUUGUUUGUUU